UGAACAGUUAAAGGAAUGUCAAUUUCCUUUUUUAAAACCAUCUGUACAAAGUUAGGGCAUACUGCAACAAGUCCUUGUAAAACAUCCAGAACAUUUGUUUUCGAGCGUUUUGAUAUUGUAGAUUGACGACGCGCUUGUUCGGCCGCAUAACAAACGAACCAUAAACAUACAUGACUCAUCAUUGUAGUGCAGCUAGGAGGUAGAUCUUCAAGAUUGGAUCCAUUAAAAAAAAUUUGACAUAUACUGUACCAUUCAUGAAAUUCUUCAUCCUUUUUUCGAUCACAUAAAAGGUUUAAAACUGUCUUUUUAUUCCAUUCCAAUUGUGCCAAAGGCAUAUGUUAGGUCGUGUUUUAAAAGAAAAACCGUUAUGAAAGUCAGGAUAAAACUGAAAAUAUUCAAAAAAAUAGACUUUUUAACAUCUUUUCUACACGGCUCUCUGUAAAAAUGGGACCUUCUUAUAAACAGUCACUCUCUUUCUCUGAUGCACCAUUGAUGUGAAAAAAAAAAAUUGUUAUUAUUCCUUUUUCUAGAAAAUCUGUUUCUUGUAUAUUAAUUUCUUAAAUCAUUUCUGCUUUAAAAUUCUAUUGAAAAAAAAUAUUUUCGACUAACUAAGAAAGAAAACAUAAGACCGUACAACACUUUAUAUAAAUUCGCGUCUACGUUAACUGAUGUUGAUCAUAAUAGUUUAUUCGUUUUUUUUUUAUGUUAGUAACCGACGAAGCUUGUUUCUUUAAUUUUUAAGUCGAAAUGAAGAACGAAGGUCGACGAGGUUUUUCUUUUUCAAGUCUUUAUUGAAAUUCGUCACAAUAAAUAAGAAAAAAGUACUAAAACCAUUGGUAUAUCCUUUUUAAAUAGUAGUUUGUGUAGUUUAAAAAAAUAUCUAAUGUUCAAAAUUAUUUUUCAGUAAAAAAAUAUUAAAAUAAAUAAAAAUCAGUAAAUGAAUUGGUUAACAUAAUUUUAAAUUAACGAGUUUUUUUUUAUUGUUUAUUUUUUAUAAAUGUUUAAAACCUGAUACCUCUUUUUCUUUAAAUUAUUAGUCCAAGCAUGCAUUUAAACUGGUACGCUAAUGUGACAGUUGAAGGGCUAAAGUAAUAAAAUGGCUCACCGGGAGUUAACGGUUGAAACAGGAGUCACAUCAAGAGGAUGGGAAACAUCUACGUUUCCUCUUGUGUGUGAAACAUGCUUAGGAGAUAACCCUUACAUUCGUAUGAUAAGGUUAACGACAGGAAAAGAAUGCCGAAUUUGUACACGACCUUAUACAUCGUUUCGUUGGCAACCAGGGGGUAAAGCGCGUUAUAAAAACACUAUUAUUUGCCAAACAUGUGCAAAAGUAAAAAACGUGUGUCAAGUUUGUUUGUUUGAUUUGGAAUUUGGCUUGCCUGUUGAAGUGCGAGAUAAAUUUUUGGAUGAGUCUCAAAAAUUAGAGUUACCUACCUCUCAGUUAAAUCGUGAUUAUGCUAUGAACAAAUUAGAUACCACUACUACGCCUUAUAAUAAUUCAGAUAUUCAUCCAAUGUUAUUACAAUUAGCACGUCAUCAGCCUUAUUAUAAAAGAAAUGAAUCCCGUGUUUGCACCUUUUGGGUUCGAGGAGAGUGUAAACGAGGAGAGGAAUGCCCCUAUCGUCACGAAGUAGAUACGCAUCAUGAUCCUAAUUUAGCCGACCAAAAUACUAAAAAUCGUUAUAUGGGGAAAGAUGAUCCUGUCGCUCAUAAAAUUCUUUCCCAAAUAAAUCCGAAUCAAACAUCAUAAUAAUUUUUUUUUCAUUGAAAAAAAUUUAAAGCGAAUAUUGAAACAUUUAUUUUUGGUUUAAAAAAAAAAGAUACGAAAUAAUAGUUUUAUGCUAGAAAAUCUUUCUGAUAGGAUUAGAAAAGAGAAAACAGUAACACGCGUCGCUAUUAGACAUGGUGCGCAAAAACAUACACAGUAUAAUAACAUGUAGGUCUAGUUAGGCUGAAAUUUUAAUUUUUUAUAAAAAGAUAGAAAAAUAAACAAAAUCGCGAGUAAAGUGUGUUGUAAAUUUUUUUUAUGUAUAAAAAUUCUAUGUAUGAUACUUUAAGCACGACAACUACAAAUACGAAACAUGGAAAACCAUUUCAUAUGAAUGGAGGUGUAAACGACGAAACGUUUCCGAACGGUCCGCCUAGUGGAUGCGACAGUUCUCAUCAAUAUCGCGCACCAGGAAUAACAUCAGCUUCAGAUGAUGCAUCAGAGGCGUAUAUUUCUAGAACACUUUAUAUUUGUAAGCUUCCACCAGAUUUUCCUGCUUCUCAAAUCAAUGAAAUACUCUCUGGUUUUGGAGAUAUUAAGCGUAUAACAUGUUAUCCAUCAAGGCAAAUAGCUUUUGCUGAAUUCUGGGAUCUUCGUGAUGCGCAAAAAGCUCGUAAUGGAUUAAAAGAUAGACAAAUUGGUGGACAUCAGGUAGAUAUACAAUAUUCUAAAACACGAGAUGAUCGAGUUAAAGAAAAAAACACGGGAACACUAUACGUUCGCCCUAUAACAACAGAACGAAAUUUCAGGGAUCCCAAUACUCUUCAACAGUAUAAAGAAUUGUUUAAUCGUUUUGGUGAAGUUAAAAAAGUCAAUACAAAUCGAAAAAGAGAAGCAGAAAAAUUUAUAGAAUAUCAUGAUUUACGAUCAGCUGAAGCUGCUUUGGAAGGUUUAAAUGGUAUGGAUUUUAAUGGCGUUAAACUUGAGGUUCAAUACGCCAAUCAAUCUUCGAAAACAAUUAAUAAGGAAAGCUUUGUUGUAGAUGGGGCCCCGUCACUCACUUUAACACCGACACCAUACAAUUCAAAACCUAAUGCCUUUCGAAAAGAUAUGCCUUUACCGCAUCAAAACAUACGACCGAAAAUUGAUAAUAACGAUGCAUAUGACCCUACAUUUCAGGAACCACGACGACAAAGUAGCUAUUGGACAGGUCUUCCUAUCAAUUUACACUGGAAUGGGUCUUGCGGACCUCGAGCCAUCAUGAAUUCCAUGAAUCCAUGCACUGUUAAUGUUAAAAAUCAUCAACCAGCUGGAGAUUUCGCCUCUCAUCAUGUGAAUAAUUGUGAUGGAGUCAAUUAUACAAUAACUCAUCAUCCACAUUCGAAUACAUUUCCAGAUACGACGUUAGAGAACAAUCACCAUCACCUAAAACAAACACCUUCCGUUUCUUCUUUAGUACAUGAGCAAAAUUGUUAUUCAUUUAAUAACAAACAAGUCACCACCACACAAGCAGAAUCAUGGACAGAUGCUUAAAAAAACAACUUUGUUAAGUUUUUUUUAACAGUGUUUACUGGAAUGUGUCAUAGCGACAGAAAAAACAUUUCUAUGAAUGUUCAAUGUAACAUAUUUUUUGUUCAUCAAAGCUAUCAAGGCUAUUUCUCUUUUUACUAUCCGUUUUUAUUUUUCCUAUCCAAGUUAUUUUUUUGUCGCUUAAUGCAGACUAAUAUACUGGGAGAUUUAAAAAAAUACAAAGUCAAUGUGUUUAUUUUAAUAUUUACGCAUUAUAAAAUAGCGCGAGACAAACUUGUUCAGUUCGAGAUUCGUGAAUUUUGUAGCAAAUGUCAACUAAAGAGGUUAACACGAGCUUUUUUUUUUAAAUGCUUAAUGCAGUACUGCUAGAACUCUUGCUUAAUUUGUGAAAAUGCAACAAAAACUAGUUCAAAA